CACACCCCCUGACACCCAUUGCACCACCCUCCCUGCCGACGCCCUGCACCCUCCCCUACGCCCCGUACCACCCCCGCAGACACACACCCCGCACCACCCUCCCUGGCACACACACCCUAGAGCUCCUGUCGGCCCGGCCACCGGCCUGUGUGUGUUCCUACCGUUUCCUGAGCUGUCUGGGAAGGGCUGGGCGUCCUGCGAGUACACACUGCACCUCCUAUUCACACUACGACGCUGAGCUAGGGAGUCUUGGGGCAUUUCCCAAAAGUACCAGUCUUGGAGGAGUUAAGGAGCUCGCCCGGGGACACGUAUCUAGUAAGUGGCGGUGUCCUAACUCACAUUCAGGUCUGUUCUCACCUGAAGGGGCAUAUCGAUCCCAAUUUCCCUGCCCAAAAUGGCCCCUUUCUGUUUUGUGCUUCAUCAGGCAGGACUUUUGUGCUGGUCAUACAAAAAUGAAGAUCUUGGUGAGGAAUAGAUCCCAUCUCCUUUACUGGUUAUAGGUAUUUAAGACAGAUGAAGAACUAGGAAACAGGAAUUGGAAGUAGUGCGUACAUUUAGGGCCAUGUUUAUCCCUAUGUGCUUAAGCCUUUAGCUGCUAGCCGACUGCUAACCAGAAGGUCCCGUGGUUCAACCCCUACCAGCCACUCCACGGGAGAAAGAUAUGGCAGCCCGCUUCCCUAAAGGUGUACAGCCUUGGAAACCCUGUGGGGCAGUUCUACUCAACAGCAGUGGGUUUGGGUUUUUGGUUUUAUCCCAGUCUUGGGAUUUCUUUGGCUGUAAGGCAGAAACAUUCAUCACGAUUGUGUGAGAAACUUUAGGGCCGGUCCUGGUUGGUCUGAUGUAAAAUGGGAUGUAGCUGAACAAGCUUAAUAGAGGUGAUGAGGGAUGUACAGAGAUACACAGCCAGUGUGUGUGAUCUUGCUGGAUUGGAUGCGGGUGAUUGAACCCCAAUUUUUGCUGUGAAAGAACCCUACUCCUUCAAAGGUCAAAGGCUUCUUUGAGCAAAAAGUGUGCAUAUUCCCAGUGUCCAAAGAACAAGUCCUAGGAAUGAGGGCAGAAUGGGAGGGCUGUGUAAUGAAACUUUUGCUUAUACUUCAGGGAAUCCUAGAGGAUCGGCCACACCACAGUGUUGCAAAAUGUACCUCAUCUUUUGUAGUAAUUGUUUUACAAGGUAAAAGUCAGGUAGGGAGUACCUGGGUGGAGGAAAAGGUUCAGAUUACUAGCCGGAAAGGUAGGCGGUUUGAUCCACCCAGAAGUGCCUUGGAAUACAGGCUUCUGAAAGAUCAUAGCAUUGAAAACCCUAUGGAGCAAAUUUAAAGGGUCUAAAUUUAUUAAUUUUCUGUUUGAGAAAUCACUGGGAACUCCAGUGCCAUUAGCGUAAUCUCUCUCUUUUUUUUACUUAGAACUAUAAUUCAUGUGAAUUUUUUGUGUGUGUGUGGUGGAAGCAGUUCUGUUUUUUGUUUGUUUUUUCUUCAUAUUAAUAACAAAGCGAUCUGACCCAAUUACCUUUAAAAGUCCAUUCUUUACGCACUGCCGUUCCUCAAAUGUGAUUUUAUUUCUCUAGGUUAGUACAGCCUAAGGUCGAUGUGAAACCUUUGCUGUCUGUAUCCCCAUACCAAAAACAACGUGUUGCCCUUCAGUCGAUUCCGACUCAUAGUGAUCCCAUAGGACAGAGUAGAACUGCGCCGUGGGGAUUCCAAGGAGCAGCUGGAGGAUUUAAACUGUCAACCUUUUGGUUAGCAGCCGAGCUCUUAACAGCUAAGCAACCAGGGAUCCGCUGCAGUGAAGAACAUUGGUAUGAAGAUAACCUGCUUUCGUCCCUGCUUUCCAGUCUUUUGGUUAUGUACCUGUUGUUGUUAGGUGCAGUGAAGGCAAUUUUAGACUCAUGGCGACCCCGUGUGACAGAGCUGUGCCGUAGGGUGUUCUUGGCUGUAAUCUUUAUGGGAGCAGAUAAGCAGGUCUUUCUCCUACAGAGCCGUUGGGAGGGCUCCAGCCACCGACCUUUGGGUUAGCAGCUGACAGCUUAGCCACUUUUGCCACCGGUGCUGGUUUGUAGGGUAUAUUGCACGUUUAACUUUUUGAAGAACCGCCAAGCUUUUCCACAGAGGCUGUACCAUUUCAUAAUCCCACCAGCAAUUUGUCCACAUUCUCUCCAACUCUUGUUGUUUUCUGUUUUUCUGAUAGUCACCGUCCUCGGAGGGAUGAGGUGGUAUAUCAUGUGAUUUUGACUGGCAUUUCUCUAAUGACUAAAGGCAUCAGGCAUCCUUCCAUGUGCUUAUUGACCAUUUGCAUAUUGUCUUUGGUGAAAUGUCUAUUUUUUUGCCCAUUUUUAGAAUGGCUCGUUGGUAUAUUGGUGAGUGGAAAGAGGUCUUGACAUACCUUGAGUACUAAAGCCUUAAGGGAUAUGUGAUUCCCAAAUGCAGUAAAACCUGUGGAAGCUGCAGCCUGUGUAAAGCCUGUCAGAGAAGGAAAACUCGUGUAUUUGCCACUAACACGAGUCAUAGAAAAGUGGUAAGAUUGGAUCCUGCCAAAGGCGGAAAACUUGUGAGACCUGGAAAAACAAGCUGGCCCCGUCUAGUGCCGGCUCUCAGAGGUUUCUCUGAGUUUUCUCCCAUCUGCAGGUUGUCUCUUCGCUUUGUUCACAAAGUUCUUUGAUGCUCACGAUUUUUAAUUUAUCUGUUUUGUCUUUUGUUGCUUGCGCUUUUGAUAUCAUAUCUGAAAAUCCUUUAUUGAAAACUUGUGUAUCGAUAAAAUAUUCUUAUUUUUUAAAUGAUAAAAAUACUGCACCUGUCAAAUAUCUAAGUGGAUAGAGCAAAAAUGAUCAUUAAACACCACUUGUGACCUAAACAUCAGUAGAAACAUGUUGUUUCUUUUUAUUUUUCCCUUUCCUUCUCUAGAGAUAAAACCCAGUGCCAUCGAGUCGAUUCCAACCCAUAGCAACCCUGUAGGACAGAGUAGAACUGCCCCAUAGAGUUUCCAAGGAGCGCCUGGCGGAUUUCAACUGCAGACCCUUUGGUUAGCAGCCAUAGCACUUAACCACUACGCCACCAGGGUUUCCUCCCUACAGGUAGAUAUUCUAAACGUACUCCCUCUUUGGACCAGAGUUCCCCUUGGAGACAUGACUGGUAGUAUAGUCAUUUCACAUCAAAUUCAAACUUCCAUUCAAAACUACAGAAUUUCCUAGUUCAGAAUCUAAGAGUUGCCCCUCUGGUAACAGCAGGAUAUCAAUUUAAACAUCGCCUAAAGGCCUAAUACCUGCCGAAGCUGUGCUCUUCCUUCCCUGAGCUUGGAGCUUCAGGAGUACAAGUGGAGCCUGUUUCAGAGGUCAGUUUGAUUCUUCAUGGCCAGGAGGAGACAACCUUCAGGUUGAGAUAUGGGCUCUUGGGUACCAGUGGACUCAGACACCACACCCUUUCCAUAGUCCACCUGGGGCACUAAGGACCGUGUGGCUCCAAAACCUAACACGUCCAAGACAGAGCUUUUAAAAUCUCACCUGAACAAAUCUGCUUCUUGUCUGGCUUUCCCAACCAGUAAGUGGCAUCAGCAUCCGUUCACUAGAUUAGGGGAAGCAGCAGUCCAAGCUACCCUGAAAAAAGCCUCUCGACUUCCUUGUACUUUUUCUCUUGUCACAAGACGGUAUAAUCUCCAUUCAGCAGCAAGAAGCAUAUUUCAGAAAUGCAAACCAAGUAAGCUAUCAAUCACAUAGAAUAAAAUCCACGUAUUUUACUUUGACCAACAAUAUUGUCUCCCAUGUAUCUGUCAGUUUGUCAUACUGUGGGGGCUUGAUGUGUUGCUGUAAUGCUGGAAGCCUCACGAGGACUGGUCUUUGUCUUCAGGGACUGGUCCCUUGUAAUAACAUGUCCAAAGUAUAUUUAUGUAUUCCAUUUCCCUAGUGUUCAACGCGUUAAAUCUCUUGUUGAGGUGGUCUCUAAAUUCAGGUGGGGUAUACUUAGACUCAACAGCACUGGGUUUAUACUUAGGGUCGUACUUUGGCUCUUGUGGACUUGCUCUAAUUUUCUUCAGCUUCAACUUGAUCUUGCAUAUGAGCAAGUCUGUUUCCCAGUCACCCCCUGGCCUUGUUCUGACUGAUGAUAUUGAGCUUUUCCACCGUUUUUUUCCACAGGCUUAGUCGAUUUGAUUCCUGCGUCUUCCAUCUGGUGAGGUCCACAUGUACAGUCACCACUUAUGUUGUUGAAAAAAUACAUUUGCAUUGAAGAAGUCAUUGGUUUGCAAAAUUCUAUCAUGUGAUCUCUGGCAUCCUUACUAUCACCAAGAACGUAUUUUCCUUCUACCAGUCUUCUUUGUUUCCGCCUUUUGCAUUCCAAUCGCCAGUAAUUAUUAAUGCAUCUUGAUUGCAUGUUUGAUCAAUUUCAGACUGCAGAAGUUGGUAAAAAUCUUCAGUUUCUUCAUCUUUGUCCUUAGUGGUUGGUGUGUAAAUUUGAAUAAUAGAUGUAUUAACUGGUCUUCCUUGUAGGCAUGUGGAUACCAUCUUAUUACUGACAGCGUUGUACUUCAGGAUAGAUCUUUAAAUGUUCUUUUUGACGAUGAAUGUGACACCAUUCCUCUUCAAGUUGUCAUUCCCAGCAGAGUAGACCAUGUGAUUGUCUGAUUCGGAAUGGCCAAUACCAGUCCAUUGAGCUCGCUACUGCCUAGGAUAUUGAUGUUUGUGCAUUCCAUUUUGUUUUCGAGGACUUCCAAUUUUCCUAGAUUCGUACUUCAUACAUUAUACCACGUGUCUGUCAGUUUGUUGUACUGUGGUGGCUUGGCUGUUGCUGUGAUGCUGGAAACCUUGCCACCAGUAUUUCAGAUACCGGCAGGGUCACCCUUGGUGGACAGCUUUUAGCAGAGCUUCCAGACUAAGACAGACUGUGCAGAAACAGAACAUGUCUAUCUUCACAGAAAGUUCCCUUGGAUAGUGCUGCUCAAGUGUGUAUACAACAGGUGGUGAUCUGUGUGUGGUUAUUCUGUGUGUGUCCUCAGUGAUUGGUAUCAUAGGCCAGAAGGAACAAGAAAACAAAGUACAUAGUGUCUGUUCAUAGACUGACAGUCUAGCAUGGGAGACAGUUUUAAAUAAAUAAUGAAAAACCAGGGACAGCUGAUACCUGUAAUAAAAGAACCUAACCCGAGAGUCAGGUUAGAUGGCUUGAAAGGGAAAAUGAUUUAAGUGAAGAUUCAGAAAAUUAGUUUUGUUUAACUACAUGCCUGGUUGUGUAGGGCUGAUAGCACGGGGUAUGGGUGGGUGUGGAAAGAGUACUUCGGUUGGGAAAAGUGAGUGUGUAAAUCCCUGAGGCAAUAGAGAACCCCCAGUAUCAUCCCUUCCUUCGUGAAGGUCAGAGAUGAUUGAAGCAGAUGAAUCCAAGUGUGUGUGUGUUGGGAGGGGGGGUGCCUGUGAGGCAGAUUGGAGGAGGCGGUUCCAGCAGGGCACCUAGAACCGUGUCGACUACUCUGGGCUCUUUGAAGGCCAGUGGACAGCCACUGACGGGCAUUAGGCAGCUCCUUUGCUGCAGAUAGAUUUUGGAAAUGAUAACCAUGAUUGAAUGACGCUGGGCAAGAGCUUGUUAUGAACAAGUUAAGGAAGACUGAGGAGGCCUAGGCAUGGAGAUUGGUUGUGGAUCAGGAAAAUAGAGCACUGAUAUAAUGUAGAGAGUUCAAAGGGCAUUCGUUGAUAGAGUGUUUUUUCUUUGAGUUACAGGCUGUAGAUCAGUGAAUGCUUCUCAUGGUUGAAUGUCAGUGUGGAUAAACCCGGGGAACUUGUUAAAACGUGGAUUUGAACUCAGCAGUUCUGGGUGGGGGGCUUGAGAUUCUAUGUAUUGAAUCAGCUCCUGGUUUAUGCUGGAAAUAAUAAGGAUGUGAAUUAAAAUUAGAGAGUGCUGUUGAAGAAAAUAAUAAAAGGAAGGGUAACGCUUAAAAGGGAUUCACUGAUGUAAAAAUCACGAGAGAGAGAGAGAGAGAGAGCGCACAUUGACGCUGAGACCAGUGUCAGUGAAAGAAUAGGAGUCGGCUUGGAAGGGAGCAGGUUGGGAAGAAAUGGGAACAGAGGUGGGAGGUGGCUCUUUAGAGAAAACAUAAUGGUUUUCUGAUUUGUUUGUUGUCUUUCAGCCUUGUAAUAACCCAAAGUGCUCAGGAAUCCUCCCCGGUUUUCCAGAAGCCUAGGGCUGGUAGAGCCCUGGUUUGAGAAGGAACUAGAGCCCUGGUUUGAGAAGGAAGGGGAGCACGGGGAGGGACUGAAGGGGAGAAAAAAAUGUUAGUUUCAAAAGCAACAGGAAAAAUACCAAUCCGAUAUUAAAGUGCUAGAAAUGAAGUGAAACAUUGUUUAAAAAGCACAGUAGAAGGGUCUUAACAGCACAAAUUAAAAAUGAACAAUGAUGAGUUUAUUGACAAAACUUGAAAGGCAUGCUCUUCCUGAAAAUUCACCCAUGUUAAUAUCAAAUAAUAGUGCGUGUGUUGAUCUGUAAGGGACAGAGCUACAAAGGUGAACCCACAGCUUCAACAUUAUUGGACUCCUGACUCCCUGGAGGAAAUGAGGUUCACGUUUUGCAGCCUGGCCAGGUCUGGUUGCUUCUUAUGCUCUGGGAUAAGUAAAUUCCUCCAUCUGUGAUCUUGUUGCAGAAAGACGAGCCUACGGAGCUGCAUGAAGAAUGCAGGCGUGUGCUCUGGGUGCUGCAGUCUGUUCUGCCUUCAGCGCAAAUGCCCUCGGGGUGGAGCAUUGCUCUGAGCCUGAGAGGAAGCCAAAACCCUGUCACCCCCUGCUUCCUCAAUACUGUUUUCUCCUCAUCCUCCUUCCGUUCCAGGUCUCAAGUGCAUUGCAGGAAGAACUAAUAGGACCUAGUGCAACUGUCUCGCACAUCCGUAAACGACAAGGAAGGAUUUCAGCUGCUCCGACUGGUGUGUGGACCAGACAUUAUUCACCUACUUCCAAGCUGCCCAGUGCUCUGCAUCCAGUCCCAUUCCUCUUCUUGAAGUAACUUCUUGGGCUUAGAGACAACAUUCUCUUAGACCUCCAGAAGGUGGAGCAAGGAAAUGGACUCAGUGGUCGUUGAGGAUGUGGCUGUGGUCUUUAGCCAGGAAGAGUGGGCUUUGCUGGAUCUUGCUCAGAGGAAACUCUACAGAGAUGUGAUGAUGGAAACCUUCAGAAACCUGGCAUCAGUAGUCUCUCGAAACCUUAAUGAUGGAGAAAAGUUACCCAGUGAACAUAUAAUGGUGCGAUUCAUGAAGAACAACAUCUGGUCCUCCAUAUCAGGAGAAAUCUCCAGAUCACAUGACAAUAAAGAGCAGCAUAAAGGCCCAAAGAGACAUUUGAGAAGUCAUACAGUAAAGAACCUAUGUGAAAGUAAUGAAGGCAGUCGGUGUGGGAAAACCUUCAACUGGAUUCCAAAUCUUACUGUGCUUAAAAAAAGUCCUUCAGAAAUAAACCGUUUUGAAUGCUGUGAGCAUGGAAAAGCAUUCAUGGAUCACCCGUCACAUAAGCAUCGUACCAGAUCUCACACUGGAUGCAAUACCUGUCAGGGUAAGAAAUGUGGAGAAGCCUGCAGUUGUCCCUCUCAGCUAACCACUCCUGUGAGAACUCUUACUAGAAAGAAACCCCAUAAAUGUAAGUUAUGUGGGAAGGAGUUCAUUUGUAUCUCAUCGCUUAAGAAUGCUGUGACAAUACUCACUGGUGAGAAGCACUAUGAAUGUAAUGAAUGUAGGAAACAUUUCUGUACUUUCGCAUCUUUUCAGACACAUGUGAGAAGUCAUAAGCAUGAGUGUAAAGAGUGUUGUAAAACCUAUAGUCAUCCUUCAUCCCUCAAUUUACAUGAAACAUUUCCUAAAAGAGAUAAGCCUUAUGAAUGUAAGGAAUGUGGGAAAGCCUUUAGUGAAGCCUCAUCCCUUACUAAACAUAAAAGAACUCACAGUGGAGAGAGGCCUUAUGAAUGUAAGGAAUGUGGGAAAGCCUUUAGUGAGGCCUCAUCCCUUACUAAACAUAAAAGAAUUCACAGUGGAGAGAGGCCUUACGAAUGUAAGGAAUGUGGGAAAGCCUUUAGUCAGUCAUCACACCUCACUAUACAUAUAAGAGCUCACAAUGGGCAGAGGCCUUAUGAAUGUAAGGAAUGUGGGAAAGCCUUUAGUUAUGCCUCAUCCCUCACUGCACACAUAAGAACUCACACUGGAGAGAGACCCUAUGAAUGCAAGGAAUGUGGGAAAGCCUUUAGGCAUGCCUCACACCUCACUACACAUAUAAGAACUCACAGUGGAGAAAGACCUUUUGAAUGUAAGGAAUGUGGGAAAGCCUUUAGUGAUUCCUCAGCCCUCACUUCACAUAUAAGAACUCAUAGUGGAGAGAAACCUUAUGAAUGUAAGGCAUGUGGGAAAGCCUUUAGUCAUGCCUCUUCCCUCACUAUACAUAUAAGAACUCACAGUGGAGUGACACCUUAUGAGUGUAAGGAAUGUAAAAAAACCUUUAGUGACCCCUCAGCCCUCACUUUACAUAAAAGAACUCACACUGGAGAGAAACCUUACGAAUGUAAGGAAUGUGGUAAAGCCUUUAGGUGUUCCUCACACCUUACUGCACAUAGAAGAACUCACAGUGGAGUGAGGCCUUAUGAAUGUAAGGAAUGUGGGAAAGCCUUUAGUCGUUCCUCACACCUCACUACACAUAUAAGAACUCACAGUGGAGAGAAGCCUUAUAAAUGUAAGGAAUGUGGGAAAGCCUUUAGAGAUACCUCAGCCCUUGCUUCACAUAUAAGAACUCACACUGGAGAGAGGCCCUAUGAAUGUAAGGAAUGUGGGAAAACCUUUAGUCAGGCCUCACACCUCACUACACAUAAACGAACUCACAGGGGAGAGAAGCUUUAAGAAUGAAAGGAAUGUCUUUAGGCAAUCCGUAAACCUCACUGCACAUAUAAGAACUCGCCAUGAAGAAGGCCUGUGAAUGUAAGAAAUGUGGGAAAGCCUAUAGUCAUUCUCACACCCAUUUAACAUAGGAAAAUUCACAAUGGAGAGACUACUGUAUGUCAAGAGUGGGAUGCUUCAUUCUUACUGCUAUACUUACAAACAGCAAAUUUCCCAAAGUCUGUGAUUAAAGAAAGUUUCUCAGUGUUAGAAAGCAAUAGCAACUCAAAGAAGGGGGUCAUUAGAGCUACUUUGUGCCUUUGGGACAAAUGACAAGUUUCAUUGUAAUUGCGGGGCUGUCCUCAUCAGUGUUUGUUACUUUCACAGUCCAGGCUAAAUUUUACCUUUCUUAAAGUCUUUGGCUAUUAUGAAUAAGGCUGCAGAGAAUAACCUUGAGCAAAUGUGAUUUUAUAUUUUUAAAUGUUUUAUUGAUGUUAUUUUGCACACAAUAAAAUACAUUGAUCUUGUAUUUAAGAGUGUUUUGUUUUGUUUCCAUGUUUAUCACAUUUCCUUUCAUUCUCUCCUAUUAUAAAGUUAGCUAUUGUACCUUUUAUAAUUACUUUGAGACUACACAUUUCCUGUUUUUCAUCAUACUUUGGCCUACUAAUUUUAAUACUCAUUGAUAAUUAUUACCUAUGAUUAUUAUUACUGUGGUGUUUACCAAAUGGUAUCUUCCAUCCCAGUCAUUUCUUCUAUGUUUAUUAAUUGGAAUUCUGCAAGAAAUAGCUUUGCCUUCUCACCCCUUCAUUCCUCAAAUUGUUUAUACCCGUGUAUUACCUUUUUUUUCUUUUUUUUUGUGCAAAUUGUCCCGUUUGGUUAUUAGAAGCUCCCUUUCAUAAAUUGUGUCCCCCAAAAAUGUGUAUAUCAAUUUGCCUAGGCCAUGAUUCCCAGUAUUGUGUGAUUGUCCUCCAUUUCGUGAUUGAUGUAAAAAAAUUUUUCCUAUAUGUUGUAAAUCCUAAUCUCUGCCUGUGGUUAAUGAGGCAAGAUUGGAUUAUGUUGAAGAGAAUUAGGGUGGGAUGUAAUUCUCUUUGCUCAGGUCACAUCCCUGAUCCAAUGUAAGGGGAGUUUCCCUGGGGUGUGGCCAGUACCACCUUUUAUCUUACAAGAGAUAAAAGGAAAGGGAGGCAAGUAGAGGGUAGGGGACCUCAUACCACCAAGAAAGCAGUGCUGGGAGCAGAGUGCAUCCUUUGGACCCAAGGUUCCUGCACAGAGAAGCUCCUAGACCACAGGUAUACUGAUGACAAGGACCUUCCUCCAGAGCUGACAGAGAGAGAAAGCCUUCCCUGGAGGUGAUGCCCUGGAUCUGGACUUGUAACCUACUAGACUGCAAGAGAAUAAAUUUCUUUUUGUUAAAGCCAUCCACUUGUGGUAUUUCUGUUGUAGCAGCACCAGAUGACUAAGACACUCCCUUAAAUAGGUUCCUGUA